UGAUUUCAUGCCGGAUUCUAUUUUUAUCAGAAACUCUCGCGAUAAAGCAAUGUGUUGUACGUGGCUUCAGACGUAAACAGGGCAGCGAGUCCCUUGGAAUGCAUCAGCAAAAGGAAGGUCCAAGCAAAUCAGGGCAAGUAACUGUACGUUUCUCAAAAGCGCCACAUGACAUCUGUUGAUUCGGUGUAUUGAAUGAAUCAUUACCGCAUUUCUUUGUGGACCGCAUGCCUCUUUUCAGACGUUAUUUCAUGGUUAGAUAACUGAAACAGUUAAGCUAAGGCUAGCCACUGAGCUUGCACAGCUCCGACUGCAAACCCAACAGCUAGCUGGAUCCUCGGUAGGUGACGUUAUCUCAGUGUCGGUUGGAUAAACCUGCAUUUUGAGAAAAACAUAAUGGCAGACGUAGAGUCAUCGCUCGAGUACACCACCUCGCUGAGCUCUCUGCCGCCUCCCCGGACACGGAUCUUCAAGAUCAUCGUAAUCGGAGACUCGGGGGUUGGCAAGACCUGCCUCACCUACCGCUUCUGUGCGGGCAAGUUCCCCGAGAAAACCGAGGCGACCAUCGGAGUGGAUUUCCGAGAGAAAGUCAUCGAGAUUGACGGCGAAAAAAUCAAGGUGCAGCUGUGGGACACGGCGGGUCAGGAGCGCUUCCGCAAGAGCAUGGUGCAGCACUACUACCGCAACGUGCACGCCGUGGUCUUCGUCUACGACAUCACCAACGCGGCCAGCUUCCGCAGCCUGCCCGCCUGGAUUGAGGAGUGCAAGCAGCACUCGCUGGGCCAGGAGGUGCCGCGCAUCCUGGUGGGCAACAAGUGCGACCUGCGCCACGCCGCCCAGGUCGGCACCGAGGCAGCGCAGCAGUUCGCCGACUCGCACUCCAUGCCGCUGUUCGAGACCUCGGCCAAGAACCCUGGCAGCCACGGCACAGAGGGCGGCGACAGUAACAGCAGCUACAGCAGCAACAGUGAUCAUGUGGAGGCCAUCUUCAUGACUGUGGCACACAAGCUGAAGUCCCAGAAGCCCCUGAUGCUCAGCCAGCCCCCCGUCGACAACAGCACGGUCACGCUGCGCAAUCAGAGGGGCGCCGAGGAGGAGAGAGGGGCCUGGACCUGCAACAGCUGCUGAGGACGACGGAGAACAAAACAAAAACACAGGAAAUAAGGAAGGGAUGGGAAAGGAAAAUGGGGGAAACGAGGAGGAUGAGGAGCUGAUUUAUAAAGCAGGGCAAAGAGUCUGAGUGAAUUGACAGGGGCAUUGAUUUGCUUUGUCUCAUAACGGCCAGUAAUUGGAGAAUUCCAGAAUGACAUCAACCUGCGGUGGUCCUAUUGAAUAGCUUGUGGGCUGAAGGCCUCGUCAGAGGCUUGUCGUUGGAUGGAGAGUGAUUGCACAUACCAGGUUAACACAUUUAGGUUGAGUAUGAAAGCCAUCUGUUGAGUUUGGUUUACAUACACUCAUUUAUGAACAUAUCUACACACACAAUCAC